AAAGGGACAAUUCCGAUAAACCCUCAACACUUUACUCUGCUCUUCAAGGGUUUUAGAACCAAUCUUCCUAUUUUGCUUCUAGAAAUCUAAAACGAAAAGUGCUGAGGCUGGCUCAUUUUUCUUGUGAUAGCAAUACAAUAUAGAGGGUGUCAUAUGGCGAGUCUCAUAACUAUGCCUGCUUUAAGCCACUUAUCCACUAACACUAUCAGCCUAGAACGAAGAAAUUUAUGUGCAUCCUCCAGGAGAUGUCUAGGAGUUAGGGCAAUGAUGACAGAAAAACCACUGGAGGAUCUGUAUCAUGUGAGAGUAGAGAGAAAUGUGACAAAAGAUCGACUAAUAGAGCUUGGAGUUCAACGAUGGUCAAUGUGGAAAACCGGCAAAUGCAAGUUACCUUGGGAUUGGCAUGUAGACCAGUUGGUUUACAUUGAAGAAGGCGAAGUAAGGGUGGUACCUGAAGGAAGCAAAAGAUUUAUGCAGUUUGUGGCAGGAGACCUUGUCCGGUAUCCAAAAUGGUUUGAAGCUGAUCUCUAUUUUAAUGACUUCUACCAAGAGCGAUAUAGAUUUCAAGCAUAUGGAGAUGACCAGUGAAUCAAUUUCCUACAACUAAGCUCAUAAAGUUACUUAAUUCCCGGGCUUCUGGUUACUGCACUUGCUAGUUAUCUGUUUCAUAAGCAUAUUCAGAUUGUUGUUGUAAUACAAAUGGUAGAACAUGGUCUUUCUAAAUGGUAAGGUGGCCAGAUAACAUUCAAUUCAUUAGUGGUAUGAAUGAUUAUCUUUGCACU